CCAAAUAGUGAUACGAAAAUCUGCUCAAGACACUCUCACUUACUCCCAUCAUCCGAGACCUAUUCUUCCCAACAUGUCUGAAACUCUAACAAAAAAGCAACAGAAAGCAGCCGCUUUCAGGUCCAAGCAAAAGGCAAAGAAAGCGGGCGUUGAGGCCCCUCCUGAUCUCCCGGAAGAAGAUGUUGUUGAGGAUGCCGAAGCUGCCGAGGAAGAACAGGUUCUUGAUCAAGCUACCAAAAAGAGGAAGAGAAAUGUUGAAGAUGAGAACGCCGAAAAUGUCGUUACAGUAGAAGAGAGUGAAGUUAGUAUCAAACCCAAGGAUCAUGAAAAGAAGAAGAGAAAGACGGCUUGGGACGAAGAGGGAGAUGGAGAAAGCGAAGGGAAGAAAGGAAAAGGGAAGAAGGAUGCUAAACAACGGUUCAUUCUUUUUGUUGGAAAUCUUAGCUUCAAGACGACCAAAGAAGAAAUACAAAAACAUUUUGAACCUGCCGCCGGCCAAUUGCCAUCUGUACGACUUCUUACGACGAAAGCAACACCGACUCAAGCCGCCAAGUCAAGAGGCAUUGCUUUUCUUGAGCUUCCUUCCUCCACUGUCCUUCAAGCCUGUCUUAAACUUCAUCAUUCAGAGCUCAAAGGUCGAACGAUCAAUGUGGAGCUUACUGCUGGCGGUGGUGGAUCAAGUGAGGAUAGGAAGAAGAAGAUUCAGGAAAGGAAUCAGCGAGUAGGCGGACAGAGAGAGAGAAGGGCCGAAAGGGAGAAAGAAACGGGCGGUGGAGAAGAAAAUGACGCCUUUGAGGGACAGCCAAGUGGACAGAAAGGUGAUGACGAGAAGAAGGCCAAGAUGCGAGGAGGCAGAAGGGUCAAGGCUAAGACCUCUAACGCUGUGGCUCCUGUUCCAUCAACUGCGCGUCAUCAAAGCUCAAAUUCUUUUGCCCCCUCAAGACCCCCUACAAAAGAGUAUUCCGGUGGCAAAUUUCAGAAAAAAAGGUGGGAACCCACCGGAGCCAAUUCCAUAUCGGUUGGGCAAAAGUAGCAGUAUUUAUAUUUUAAAUGUUAUCAUACUCAUCUUCUUUUUCCAUGCGUACCUCAGCGUGUGCUUCACGCAAUCAAUGCAUAACCCAGCCCAGACUAUUAUGUCCAAAUUCUGUACUUGUAUGUAUAACUCUUGUUGCGCAAGUCUUCUAUAGCGCUUGAGACUUCAAUCUAGCGCUCGACAUUCA